AUGAAGUCGCAAAAACGAAAAGCAUACUCUGUGAGUGAUGAACUACAAGUUACUGAUUUUGUGAAGAAUAGGGACACAGAAGCAUCUUCAGCACUUGAGUAUGAUGUAUCUGAAACAGCAGUCAAGAUGGAAGAAGAGAAUAAACUUAAAAGUCCUAUAAAUGUAGUUGAAAGCGAUGUGGGAAUGGACAGGAAAAGACCAAACCAGGAAAAGACCAAACCAGGAAAAGACCAAACCAGGAAAAGACCAAACCAGGAAAAGACCAAACCAGGAAAAGACCAAACCAGGAAAAGACCAAACCAGGAAAAGACCAAACCAGGAAAAGACCAAACCAGGAAAAGACCAAACCAGGAAAAGACCAAACCAGGAAAAGACCAAACCAGGAAAAGACCAAACCAGGAAAAGACCAAACCAGGAAAAGACCAAACCAGGAAAAGACCAAACCAGGAAAAGACCAAACCAGGAAAAGACCAAACCAGGAAAAGACCAAACCAGGAAAAGACCAAACCAGGAAAAGACCAAACCAGGAAAAGACCAAACCAGGAAAAGACCAAACCAGGAAAAGACAGUGGACUUUCCUAA